CGCGACGUCAGCCAUCUUCUUGUUGGUUGAUGGUUGAGUUGGGACGCAGCGAAAAGAACCGGAGCGUCGACAGAUUUUCUGAGUGUACCUCUUCUUCAACGCCGGUUGUGUAUAACAAUAUACACAAAUCCGGCUCUGCCUUUCAAGACCAACCCGCCGCUGACCGACCUUUUUAAGGUUUGACAAUGUCCCGCCAUCGUGAGUGGGAAUUAUCAUGCAAAGUAUAUGUUGGAAACCUUGGCAACAAUGCCUCAAAGCAUGAGCUGGAGAAUUCAUUUAGCAAGUAUGGACCCCUCCGCAACGUUUGGGUAGCCCGAAACCCUCCUGGUUUUGCUUUUGUUGAAUUUGAGGACCCAAGGGAUGCUGAGGAUGCUGUUCGAGGACUGGAUGGAACCCGUUGUUGUGGGGAAAGAAUGCGUGUGGAAAUGUCCAAUGGACGUAGCCGAAACCGUGGUGGUUUUGGUGGUGGUGGCGGCAGUGGUGGUGGCGGCGGCGGCGGUGGCUAUGGACGAAGACCACGCUCAAGCAGGUCUGCCUCUCCUCGUCGCUCUCCACGCAGGAGGUCUCAUUCCCGCAGCCGAAGCCGCUCGCCGAGAAGAUCACGAUCUGAUUCCAGGGACAGGAGGUCGUAUUCUCCUCGCCGCCGCUAUCGUAGUCGUAGCAGGUCAUUGAGCUGAAGGCGCAGCCGGCGGUCUUUCUCGUUUGACAGAAGGUAAUGGGGACUUUUCAAGUGUGAGACCUGUGGUGUAAUUUCAUCUUCUGAACCACUUUUCACACCCACACAAUGAAUGAAUUGUUCAUGUAUAAUUGUGUUAUUGCAAUGUGCUCAGCACUCUUUUGCUAACUUCCCUUCAAGGGACCAUUGUGUAAUUUAAGCUAAAAGAUUGAUUGAGGUGUUAAAUUUGACGUCAUAUUUCACAAAUCUAAGUGUUAUUUUAAUUUUAUUUGCUAUGCCACUGAAUAAAAUGGUACAUUUAAUUUUCAUGUGAUUUUGCUCCAUCCAUAAACCCUUUUCACCAUUAAUGCACUCAUGUGCCAAAGGCCCACAUGAAGGGGGAAAAAAAGAGAGGGAAGACAUGCAGUCAUGAAAAUACCUGAAUACAUAUAUUUUCUCAAUUAAAUUAAAAAAAAAAAAAAAAAAAAAAAAAA